AUUACAGGACAUUAUGAGCACACAGGACAGCUAGAGAAGAGAGAGAAAAGCGUCUUGCGUUGCCCUCUUCUGGAGAAAGAGAAAGAGGCAAUGUCUAAAUAUUUCAGGUUUAGGUUGGUCAAAAUGGUCUCCCGGUAUUGCUACACUUGUCUUAAAUAGUUCAAGCUUACUAUUUGAUUAACUGUUUGUCCAAACAAUAGAAAAUGUGCAGUUUUUAGAGAACAUGUUUGUUAACAGUACUUUGACAAUUUGGUGACAUUUCACACUUAUUCAAGUGUUCCAAUAUUUUAAAGGGCAAUCUUUUACUAAAUGUGUAUAUGCAUUUGUCAGACGGUUAGAUGGUUUCACCGUCAACAGCAUUUACGACAACACAUGUAACUUUCAGAAGACAUCCCCAAAGGAUCCAUAACUGUUUUAAUAUUAAUUUAUAUUAAUGUGUUUCUUCACAUGUGAAAUUCUUGUGGCUUUUCCAUGAGGGUUCCUCCAUCAGAAUGUGAGCACCACAUGAGAUUCUAGUCACAUUUUGACAGGAAAACUCAUCCCUUAAUCAUCCAUACUAAACACAGUCUGAAACUAGAAAUACAGACACUGACCGAUGUCUCUUAAUGCACAGUAUUGUGGGUACUCUCUCUCUCUUACAGAAAUGUAUUCAUUUAUUGUCUUAAUUCUCUCACACUAUUACCGUUCCUCACUGUUUAUAUCAUCCCUCCCGUCUUUCCCGCAGUUGAAUAGAUGCAUUUGUUCCCUUUAGCAAAUUUAACAUGGCUGUUUGUGUUUGGAUGGGAGAUGGAGUCAUAAGACCUGCCUUUUAAACACACACACACACACAGUUCCCAUGCAAGUCAUCUGAGUUGUAUCACAGACAGAGAGAGAGAGAGCGAGAGAGAGAUGGAGGAUUUAAUGAGGAGGUUUAGGGUCUUGGGCUCGGUGUGUUUGAGAUGCUGUUGGUGUUGUGGACAUAAAACAGUCAGAGGAGAAAAAGACGACGUUUUUGAGUUGAGAAUAGAAGAGAUGAGAACUGACCAGAGGCCCAAAAAAACAUGGAGCGUCGCCUCCCUCCCAGCUGCUGAGCUGGAUGAUGUGGAUGGAGUGGAGAAACCACAGCCCCACCGGUUUCACACACUGCAGGUGAGACGGCUCAGGGUUCAGAGAGGUCGCAGUAACAGUGAUCCGUUAGGAGGAAAGACCUUCCAACAGGAGUUUCAGUGGAAAACAGGCCUAGAGUUUGGGAAUGCGACGUCUUACCUGAACCUGGAGAAGCUCGGAGAGGGCUCGUACGCCACUGUAUACAAAGGAAUCAGCAGGAUAAACGGUCAUCUGGUGGCUUUGAAGGUGAUUCACAUGAAAACCGAGGAAGGGAUUCCGUUCACAGCCAUUAGAGAAGCCUCCUUGUUAAAAGGCCUGAAACACGCCAACAUCGUCCUGCUCCACGACAUCAUCCACACGCGAGAGUCUCUUACCUUUGUGUUUGAAUACAUGCAAACAGAUUUGUCUCAGUACAUGACUCAGCAUCCCGGCGGCCUGCAAUCAUACAACAUCAGGCUCUUCAUGUUUCAGUUGUUGCGAGGAUUGUCUUACAUUCACGGCCGCAGGAUUUUGCAUAGAGACCUCAAACCUCAGAAUCUGCUCAUCAGCUAUCUCGGAGAACUCAAACUGGCUGAUUUUGGUCUGGCCCGAUCGAAGUCCAUACCGUGCCAGACGUACUCGGCGGAAGUCGUGACUUUAUGGUAUCGACCUCCUGAUGUUCUCAUGGGUUCCACUGAUUACUCCACGGCCCUGGACAUCUGGGGAGCUGGCUGCAUUUUCAUUGAGAUGCUGCAGGGGUCACCAGCGUUUCCAGGAGUAGCAGAUGUGUUUGAGCAGCUCUUGAAGAUCUGGACUGUUCUCGGGCUCCCGACUGAGGAGAGCUUGCCAGGUGUCGGUGAUCUGCCAAACUAUAAACCAGAGUGGUUCCUGCCCUGCAAGCCCCAGCAGUUUCGAGAUGUCUGGAAAAGGCUUGCUCAGUUACCUUACAAGACGGAGGAUCUAGCCAAUCAGAUGCUGAUGAUAAAUCCAAAGGACAGGAUUUCGGCCCAAGAUGCAUUGCUGCAACCAUAUUUCAACACUCUUCCACCUCCGUUAAUGCAUCUGAGAGACACUGUGUCCAUCUUUAAAGUGCCGGGCGUGAGGUUAGAGACGGAAGCGAGGGAUAUCUUCAGCCCCGGCAGACGAUUUAAAUCGCCCCUCGCUCCUUUGGCCAAGUGCUGGUGAAAGUCCAACCUUUGAAUGUGGGGGAAUGUUGAAAUCCGUUUGCAAUUCUGGAUUGUCUGCUUUUGCCAUCUACAGUAUUUGCUAGUGUACUCAUUAUCAACAACGACCAGGGCUGGGUAAUUUAUAUUGAAUAUGAAAUAAUAUUGAGAUAUAAAGUAUAAAUGUCCAGAAUAUUGAUUAUUGAUGAAAAUUCUGAUUUAUGUGCCAAAACAUCAGCUUUUAUAUCAGCUUUACAUGUCACGAUCGGCACAAAACACACACGUCUGGGUGAUGAAUGAAUCCCCAAAAACAAUGUUGGAUCUCUGGUUUAGUUUUCAGAAAAUAUAUACUAAAUACAAUCAUUUGCAAGGCUUGGGAAAAAAACAAUUGGGACAACACUUGGAAUCACAAACAUUGUGUUUCUCUGUUUGUGUAAUAGAAAUUAGACAUUUUGAAUGUUCUAUCCAAAUCACGUUUUCAAUGAAUUAUAUUCAAGUAGAAGAAAAAGAGUAUAUUCAAAAUUAUUUCAAGAUCAGAUGUUAUAGGAAUAUAUCACCCAGCCUGUUUGAGAAUACAGAUCUAAAGACUUCAAUGAGUCAUCCUGCACUCACUCGUUUCGUCCAAUCAAACGCUCUGCAGGGCAAGACUGUCCCUUCCCCAGACCUACUUCUGUCUAAUUCAUGCCUGAUAUGUGAGCUAAAGGCAAAUAAAAAGAGCUGGUCACAAUUUACUUUCCCUUUUUUAAAAUAAGAUUUAUGUCAGCAUGUUAAAGAAAACUGCAUUGGGAUGUUUUUAAGCGAGACACUUAAUUGAGAUCGAAUGUGUGUACUGGAUCAUACAAACAGCGGAGCACACUGGAAUUUACUGAACAAACUGUCAAUGUUUAUUUAUUUUGUAUAAAGGAGCUGGAAAGACAUUCUGACUCUAUCAAUCCCCGGCUGUAGCAAAGAUGUUUACUGCAGACUUCGUUUGUAAAUAAAUGAAGUGAAUAAAUGACACGCACUUAUUCAUAUAUGCAAUUGAUAUUUGUAAAUAGUGCACAGAGAUGGUAAAAGAGAGAGAUGAUGUAUGAGAUAUGAAUAUGUGACAGAAAACGAAUCCAUCAAAGCCGCGAUGUGCUGAAAUCCGCAGGUGUAACAUCUGUUCAUGCAUUAAAACACACCUGGUGAUGAUCUUAGUCACCUCAUCUUCCCUUUCUAUGUGUCAAAACUUGUAAAGCUGUGUUUUUACCUUCAGUUAUGUAUCUGAUUUCUCAUAAAAAAAAGCUGACAUGUUUAUGUAUUAAAGGAGUAGUUCACCUUC